AUUUGAUCUCAAUCAACAAUAAAUUAAGUAUAUUGUAUAGAAUAUUAAUAAAUGAAGUGUGGCAUUCACAUUUUGUCAAUAUAUAUUUUUACUACAGUCGUAAUACAUUACCAGAUCAAUUAACACUCUGAAUCUCAAAACCAAAAUAUGGAGCACCAAUCUUCUACUCAAAUACCUCAUGUCCUUAUAUUUCCAGUACCAUUACAAGGCCAUGUAGGCCCUUUGCUAGACUUAGCUGAACUUUUAUGCCUUGCAUAUUUCAAGAUAACAUUUUUACAUACAACCCACAACCACCAAUGGCUCACCAAGCACACUGAUAUUGAAGCUCGUUUUUCCCGUUAUCCGGGGUUUAAGUACAAGACGGUACCGGAUGGGCUACCCGAUGCUCAUCCACGAACUGAUCCGCUCAGGUUGAGUGAAUUGUUUAAGGGAUUAGCAUCUAGUGCUAAACCGCUUUUGAGGGAUAUUUUGGUAGGAGAUAAAGUGACUUGUUUGAUAUUGGAUGAAUGGUUGAGUUUUGCUUAUGAAAUAGCUAGUGAAGUGCAAGUGCCAGUAAUGGCGUUUAGUACUUCCGGUGCAUGCUUUACUUGGAUACUUCAUUGUAUUCCAAAGCUCGUUGAAGCAGGGGACAUUCCUUUCAAAGAUGAAGAAAUGGAUAAGCUAGUAAAGAAUGCACCCGGGAUGGAUAGCUUCCUUCGCUACCGUGACCUUCCCAGCUUCUGCCGAAAGCUAGACACAUCUUCCUGUCGUAAACUCCAACAUCGAUUCUCCGGUGAGAUACAGCUGAUCAAGCAAGCUCACUCCUUCAUUCUCAACACUUUUGAGGAUCUUGAAGGUCCAUGUCUUUCACUCAUUCGUGAGCAUUGCUCAAAGGUUUACUCCAUAGGACCUUUACAUGCUCACCUAGACUACAAACUCGGUACAAAAGAAAAAACAUUGUCUAAUACUAAUAACUUUUUGGAAGUUGAUCAAAGUUGCAUAUCUUGGUUGGACCAUAAGCCCGACAAAUCUGUUGUCUAUGUAAGUUUUGGUAGCUUAGCUAUCCUUACAAAAGACCAGCUAACGGAAUUUUGGGUUGGACUGGUCCAGAGUAACAAGUACUUUCUCUGGGUUAUAAGGCCCGAUCUCGUUAUUAAAAGUGACCUAAAUAGUCCAAUUACCCAAGAUUACCUUUUAGACGGUACUAAAAAAAGAGGAUGUAUAGUAAAAUGGGCCCCACAAAAAGAAGUCUUGGCUCAUCGAGCCGUUGGUGGGUUCUUUACUCAUUGUGGAUGGAACUCGAUACUAGAAAGCAUUGUGACUGGGGUGCCAAUGCUUUGUUGGCCUUACUUUACAGAUCAGCUAAUCAAUAGCAGAUACGUUAGUUAUAUUUGGAAGAUUGGUCUAGAUAUGAAGGAUACUUGUGAUAGAACAAGAGUGAAGAACAUGAUUAAUGAUCUCAUGGAAAGAAAGCAUGACAAGCUAGAAACAUCAAUGUCUAUUAUGUCACACUUGACAAACAAAAGCAUAAGUGAAGGCGGAUCUUCUUACACAAAUCUUGACCAUCUAAUAGAGGAAAUAAAAGCGUUUAUCAAGAAAGAGCCAACCUUCUAGGGAAGGAAACAUAUUAGGUUACAAUAACUCGUGCAUUUUUUAUAUUUUAAUUAAUAUAUUAUGUUGUUUCCCUUUUGUUUUCUCUAGUUCUUAUAAAAAAUUAAUUUUAAGCGUGGAAAUUUCCAUUUUUAUAAGGGGUCAUAGUUGUAUCCAUAAGUUGUUUAACUUUUAUGUUUUUUUGAAAUUUUUGUUACAUUAAUUCAGAAAAUGUUGUAACACUCCUAUAUAUGCG